AUGGUGGAUGAAGUAUUUAAUUGUCAAAAGUGCAAUGCAGAGCUAUCAAUCCAUGACUCGCUUGAAAGGCUCAGUUCGGGACAGUUAAACCUUUUAACAAAUAAGUAUGCUGAGGAUGGUAGAACAUCCGUGAAUGAAUCAAUUGUGGACCCGAUGGAUUUUAUUCCUAGGGAUAGAUUAGAUCUUUAUAAUGAGAUUCAAAAAUCAAAUCCCCAGCCGAUAAUAUCGAAGAGAGAUUCAGAGAAGGAAGGAGGUCAAAAUCAAUCAUCAGUGAACUCAACCUUAUCGUAUGUAAUGGUAUCCGAGGAUUCGCCUAAUAAAAAUAAUCAAGAAGAUAACACGAAAGGUUUACUGAAUGACCUGUUAAAUACCAUUUCUGGAAGAAUAAAUACAUUGAAUAAUGUGUUUUCCAUACUAUCUAACAAUCAGGACAUUGACCAUCCUCUUUGUGCCGACUGUUCUAACUUGGUAGUUGAAAGCUUCAAACUCAAAUUUGAUCAAAGUCAAAGAGAAAAAGAUUAUUACUUAACUUUUUUAAGGAAAUUGAAGGAUCGGGAAAACAACCUGUUGAAGAGUAUUGAAAACGAAGAAUUAGAUUCUAAGUUACUGAAUUCAAUAGCUGAAUACAAAAAUUUACAACAAGAGGAAUCAAGUAAGAUUAGCGAAUUAAAGGAAUUGGUGGAAGCAAAAAAUGAUUUAGGACAGCAUUUGAACAAUUUGAAUAAUGAGUUGAAAAACUUGAAUCAAAAUGAGUUGAAUGGUAUUCUCCAGUUGAAAAACUCAUUAAACCUCGAAUUAAAACGCAAGGUCGAUAAACUAGAGCAGUCCAAAGCAUUAUAUCAAGCCCAUUUAAAUAAUCUUGAUAAUUUGAGGACACUAAACAUCUAUAACAAAUUUUUCAAUAUCUCAUUUGUAAAUGAAUACGGUACCAUCAACGGCUUUAGAAUAGGUUAUAAAAUACCCUGGUCCGAAAUAAACUCAGCAUUGGGUCAAAUAGUUUUAUUAUUGGUAUUUAUUAUCAAAAGAUUGGACGUUGAACUAAUCAAUUACAAACUCAUACCUAUGGGUUCCAAAUCACAAAUCGUUAAAGUGACAUAUUCAUACAACCAAGGAGAUAACACGGAUCCCAUCCCUUCUGAUGCUGACGCUUUGAACGAGGCAGGAACUCUUUCUAACCAGACUCAGCAACAGAAACUGCUCAAAUCGAAAACUAUCCUAAAUCUCUACUCUUCUAAUGAAUUCUCGCUAGGCAAACUAUUCAAUUUCAAUAAGCUUGAUGUAUCAAUGAUAGCUCUCCUUGAUAUUUUGUACCAAAUUGGAAAGAAACUCUCUACAAUUAACCAGGAAAUAGAACUUCCUUACGGCAUCUCGAAAAGAAGAGAUUCCAUUGGUGGUAAAAGCAUUAGAGUAACCUCUAAUGGUGAGUGGACCCAUAGCUGUAAAUUCCUUCUUACCAACUUGAAUUGGAUCCUUGCCUACGCAAGUGCUCAUCCAUCACAAUCUUCUACAUAG